CGUGGGAUUUACAGCAGAACUGAAUUACGCUCGUUGGCAUUCACGAUUGUUCCGUUUCGACCAGCCUCGUAAUAGAUGAGUCAAAUUGACAGCAAGUUCCAGAAUCUCCCUGUCUAAUGGCAGUUGCCAUGGUGGAGAUGGACGGCAUUGUGAUCCUGGAUGACGACGAGGAAGAGCCUUCCUCCUCCUCCUCUCCUCAGUCCGCUGUCCGUCAGCCACGGUCGACUGUCUCUGGGCUUCAGCAGUCAGCCCCCACUCACAUCACCCAGUCACCCUUCGCCUCCGCCAGGAAAGAGACUCAUGUCCUACGGCAGGAAAACGAGAAGCUGUUUGCAGAGUUUGUGGAGCAUUGCUCCACCCACACGCAGGACUGCCCAGAGGUCAUGACCUUCCUCCACACAAAAUAUUCCAAGGCUUCGCCGGAGUUCCUGUGUUCCGUAGAGUUCCGGAACACUCUGGGCCGCUGCCUGACGCGAGCUCAGGCCAAGAGCUCCAAGACCUUCGUAUACAUCAAUGAACUGUGUACUGUUCUCAAACAGCACGCUGCCAAGAGGAGGCAUAACCUCAGCACAGUAACCUCUGAAAAGGAGGUCAAAAAGGAGAAGAGCGAGAAGGAGGGAGGGGCAGAGGAAAGGAAUGUGGCACCAGAGGCUCCGUCCACUUCUGUUCAACAGCAAGGGGAGGAAGAGGAGGAGAAAAAGAAGACCAAGAAGGCCUCCAGGAGACAGGUGGCAUACCUGGAGAACCUGCUGAAGGUGUAUAAUGAGGAGAUUCGGCGCCUGCAGGAGAGGGAGUUGAGUCUGUCAGAGCUGGAGCAGGAAGACUCCAGUUACAUACAGGAGCACAAACUCAAACGCAAGAUGAUGAAGAUCUAUGAUAAGCUGUGUGAACUGAAAGGCUGCAGCACUCUGACGGGCAGAGUCAUCGAACAGAGGAUCUACUACAACGGAACCCGAUACCCCGAAAUCAACAAAAAGAUUGAGCGGUUCAUCAACAGCCCUGAGGCGAGACAGAAUCCCCCAGAUUACUCGGACAUCCUGGGGAUUGUGCAGCGCGUGAACGAGCGACAUAGCCUGUCCCUGAGCCGCAAACAGCUCACACAGAUCGCUCAGGACGCCUUCCGGGAGACCGGCAACCGCCUCCAGGAGAGACGCCACCUCGACAUGGUCUACAACUUCGGCUGUCACCUCACCGACUCCUACAAGCCCACGGCAGACCCGGCGCUCUGUGACGGGACCCUGGCCCGCAGGCUUCGCUCUAACAGAGAGGUGGCCUUGUCCAGCCUGGACGCCGUCAUCACCAAAUACUCCAACAAACAGGACGACACGGAGGAGGAGGAGAGGAGAAAACGGUUGGAGAAAGACCGGCAGAAAAAAGAGGAGGCCCAGACUACCCAGCAGGACACUGUGAAAAUGGGUGACGAGCAGGCAGAGCAAAAGAGUGAGGAGGAGGAGGAGCAGGGGGAGGAAGACGCUGAAGAGGAUGAGGAAGAUGAGGUGUCCUCUGACCCCGACAUUGAAGAAGAGAUUGAGGCCAGUCAAGCACAAGUGGGGCCAGAUGACGAGGAGGAGGAGGACAACGCAGAGCAGCUGAACAACAGCGACAACGAAGAGCAAGAGAACGAAGAGCCGCCGUCAAUCAAAUCAUCUGUCCAAGAUGAAGAUGAGGAAGAGGAGGAAGAAGAGGAGGAGGAGGGGGGUGACGAAGACCAUCAGUCGGAAAGCAGCGAAUGCAAGGGCGUCACCAAGGAAACAUCACCUGUAGAUGAUGUCACCCUCCUAAAUCCCUCCUCUUCAGACAGUCCUGGCCAAUCAGUAGCAGGAAGUUCAGUGUUAAAUGACAACGACAUGGCAGUGCCUCGGAACACCAGCGAGUGCGCUGAAGUUGUCGCGUGCAAUGAGAGCUCCUCACCGUCGCCUCCCGUUCUGGUGUCCACCAAUCAGGACUCGUUAUCAGCCCUCUGCAGCACAAGAUCAGCCAAUUGUAGCCCUCUGCUGUCCAGUUCAGAAAUGAAUUACACGAGGCAGAGCAGCAGGAAGAGGAAGCGAGAGGCUGAAGAGAGUCAAAGCGCCGUCUACAACGGGAACCACGUUCACGACAGUGGGAGUGACAGUGACAUACCCCUGGAUAUGGGCGUGGCCAGCAGCCCACUGCAGGCAGAUUCCACUCAGGCAGAUACGCCCACGCAGGAAAUAGUCACCAGUUCCCAGUCUACCCCACCUCCAAAGAAGAACAAGGUGAACGUGGCGACGCAGUGUGACCCCGAAGAGGUGAUCGUUCUCUCUGACUCUGACUGAGUGACCUCUGACCCCAGCUCACUUAUAGGUGGCCCACCCUUACCCUGUCCUGCUCUGGCCUUUCUCUCCAGUGCCUGGCAAUACAAACAGCUCAGAGAGGUGGAUUUCUGAACACAGGGAGACGC